CUUACUACUUGGCACGUGUUAAAAAAAAAGUUGAACGGGUUUUGAUACACUACCCUACCCGCGUCGCGUGUGUCGUACAUCGUCGUCGUCGUUGUUGUUGUUGGCGUACCGUCUACUGUGUACUGUGUACUGAGUCUACCGUCUUUUACCGCGUCUACAGCGUCUAAGUACCUCACUACCAUCUACCACCACCACGUCAAAGUACCACCGCCUCACCUACCACCGCUUACCACCACCACCACCACCAUCCACCAUCGCCUACCACCACCUCUACCUCUAAGUACCAUCUACCAUCUACCGCGGCGAUACAAUACAUACAUGUUAUCCAGCGCGUGGAGGAGAAUACGCGUUUUGAAAUCUCCGAGGUGUUUUGGGGAAUUGGGGGAAUUGGGGGGUGCAAGGGGUGUACGGUUGGUAGGGACAUACGAGACCAAAGGGAAAGAAAGGGAGAAAGAGAAGGGGGAAAAGGAUGAAGGGAAAGGGAAGGAUGGGAAGGAUAGGGAGAAGGGGAAGGAGAAAGAAAGGGAGAAAGCGGAUGAAGGGAAGGAACAAACGACAAACGAACGAAUCAUACGUGUUUUAGAACAAGCACGAACCCAAGAAACCCUCCGCGCGGACCGCGACCGGUACAGAAUCCGCGCGCUGAACCGGGCGAUGAAGGAGAUCGGGUAUUUGGAGCGGGAGAUCAGGGAUGAGGGGGAGGUGGAGGGGUUGAAAGGCGUUGGGGGGAUGAAGAGGGAGCUGAGGGGGGUGGUGAGGGGGGUUUUGAGGGAUAUCAGGGAUAUGAGGGGUGAGACAGGGAAGAAUGGUGGGGGAGAAGGGAAUGGUGGGGGAGAAGGGAAGGGGGAAGGAAAACGCGCAAAAGACCAAGCACGGAUGAGGAUCGUACAUGAACUCCUCGGAGUCCCCGGGCUUGGGUUGACUACGGCAAAAGAACUGGUGCAUCUUGGUGUUACGAGUAUUCAACAACUUCAACAUUAUCUCCAUCUCGAGUCCUCCCCUUCCCCUUCCUCCCCAAAUUCCCCAAACUCCCCUUCCCCAAACUCCCCAAAUUCCCCUUCCCCCCCACACCCCCUCCACCCCCUCUCCUCCCACCUAACCAAAACCCAACUAACCAACCUCCGCUACCUCACACACAUCCUCCACCCCGCCACGCGCUCCGACAUCACGCGUGUCCACGCACUCAUCAAAGCCCUGUUACCACCGCAGUACGAAGUCGUGUGCGUCGGAGCGUAUCGGAGGGGGUUCCCGAUUUCGCAGAGGAUUGAUGUGUGUUUGUUUCAUCCGCUGUUUGGGGCUGGUGUGGGGAGGGAUGUGCCGAGGCCGAAGCUGGGGGAGGGGAUGGGGGGGAGGGGGAGGGGGAGACCGAGGGGGAGGGAGAGGGAUGCGGAAGGAGAAGGGGGAGAGGGGGGAAGGGAUUAUCUAACAAACAUAUCAUUAAAAACACCUAUUCCCCGGAAACACCCUUCCACCACCACCACGAAAUCCAAAUUGAAACCCGACCGCCGAGGAAGGGUAGAGUUGGCGUUUAGAUCACCUGCGGUUAUCCCGGGCGCUGUGAGAGCUCGUUCGAUGUUCCUGAACGAGGUGGUUCCGGCGCUGAAAGCUGGGGGGUUGGUUCCACAGGGGGAAGGGUGUGAUGGGGAGAUUAGUGUGGGGCAGUGGAAGUGGACGGGGGUUGUACGUGUUCCUCAGGUACUUAAAGAGGAAGAAGGAGAGGUAGAAUUAGAAUCCCUCCGAUCCCGACUUCUCGCUCUCCGCACUCCGCACAAUCCACAGAACGUAUUCCGGAAACUGGAUCUGUCGAUGGCGCCUAUGCCAUCGAAAGCCACUGCGCUGUUGUUCCUCACGGGCGAUGUGGAGUUUGUGCGUGAUAUGCGGAUGAGGGCGGAUAGGAUGGGGUUGGUGUUGAAUGAGUUUGGGUUGUGGAGGUGGGAUACCGAGGGGAGUGCCGAGGGGGAGGUGGGGGAGGUGGGUGAGGAGGGGGGUGGUCCUACUUUUGGCUCAUGGACACUCAUCCCCACACCCACCGAACACGCUCUCUUCGCUGCCCUCGGCAUCGAAUACAUCCCCCCAGAAAAGCGGAACUACUCGUUCCUCCUCAGUCGGUGGAGUAAAGCCACCGGGAGACUCCGUAGAGGGGGAGAGGAGGGCGCGGGGGUGGGGGUUGUGUUGAGGAGUUAGAACUUGGGAGUGGUUGAGGAGUUAGUACUAGUUAGUGGUGGAGAGUUAGGAUCGGAGAGGUAAUUGUGGUUAUUGGUACAACGGUAUCAGAAGUGGCGUGGUAUGGAAACCAGUAAAUCCGUAAAUUUGUAAAUCUGUAAAUU